UAAACUUGACAAUAGAAUAUAGUGAGAGAAGCGGAGGGGAAAUCGAAUGACAGCUUGUAACGGUAUAGUGAAAUCAACACUGUGAUUCUGUUUUAGUGGUCAACACGUGUGAUGUAAGUAGGCAUAGUAGUACUAAUCGUAAGUGCGGGCAACCAUGGCAAAUCAACAAACCACAGAUCCCGUAGCAUCCCAAAAUCAGCCAUUGAAUAACCCACCAGACAGCGCUAAUAAUGAAAAUAGCGUUGAGAGGACGCGCACAGAGAGGAUUACCAAAAUUAAACAAAAAGUUCUGCCUGGUGUUAAAAUAACAUUAUUGAUCUCCGUCAUAAUAUACAUAGCCAUGUUUAUCAUUGGUAUUCUAGGCGUCCAUCACUGCCCCGCCGAAGAGAACAUCCCUUUGUUUCUAAUAGCUACUGGAGCUGUAGGUUUGAUUACGAAAAUUACAACCUACAUGAGAGAACAUAUAAUGAGACAUUUCCAAGUUGGUUAUAUGGAAUCUAGUAUGUACACCGUAGAAAUGGUAUUCCUUAUUUUAGUUUUAGCUCAAAGGCGGCACAAUAGAAUUAGUCCUAUAAUAUAAUAUGCAUGGUCUAGUGUUGAACAGAUAAGUAUAUCUAGUCAAUUUUAUAUAUUUUUUAGAAUUUUCAUAAUAUCCUGCAUACCAUCUAUGAACACUUACUCACAAUAUAAACACCAAAGAGAAAGAUUCCGCUUACUCAAUUUAGCUUAUCUAGCUCGCUUGGUACAAAUUAAAUGUAAAUCAUAUUCCUACAUUAGCAGUAUUCAAAUGUUGAGAUUAUAUCAUUUUUAAUCGUUUACUUCAAGAGAAAACAAAAAUAUACUUCAAAACCUUUAUUAAUUACGUGCCUUUUCUCUUUAUAAUGUUUCACUAUAAUAUCAUAAUGGUUUUUGUUUGAAAUAGAUAAAUAACCUCGACAUUAUUCUGUAAUUUUAAUUCCUCUUGUCUUUUUCGAUAAUUUCUAUCACAUAUAGACUAGUUCACACUGCUUCCAUCAAUCACAUACGAGAGCCACUUUGUAUAUUUUGAGAAACCACGGGUAAACAGUGGUGUACAUAUGAUUUGCCAUCGAUAUAUAAAUUUGUUACGAAAACAUAUGCGCGCUAAUUUCAAGGUCGUUUUAUGUGAACAUCAAAGUUUUUAAAGAUUUCAACGCGCAUUUGGUGGCGAAAGUCCUUCACAAGCAAAUAUGUUUUGCUGGUAUAACAAAUUUAAAAGUGAACGCAUAUUGCUUGGUGAUGAGGUACUUGCUGGUAUGCCCUGUUCUGCAGUUACUGAUGUGAAAAAAAUUGUUACUUCUUGAGUACCAUAAACGAUUUACGGAGAACGUUAGAAAUGUUAAAUGAACAUCGUAUUAUUUCUAAUAUAGUAGCAGGUGAUGGAACAUACAUACUAUGAUAUUAAUGAUUUUUCUACCUGUUAGUGUGUGUGGAUGAACAAAUAUUCACUAACACCAGCAACCAAUUUUUUUUGUCGAACAGGAUUAGUAAAAACAAAUAAGCUUGAUGAUCAACGUUCAAUUAGUACUAGUACAUCACAAAAAGUUAACCCGAUGUUCUUGCAACAGCCAAAUAAUGUCAAUGAAUAUUCACCUUACUAAUUUGAUUUUGUUAUGUGUGAUAUCUGGUUAUUAUUUUAUAUAAAAUGACGUAGUCGUUGCUUUAAAAAGGGGGAUGAGAUAGAUGAAGUGAUUCAUCAAAUUUUUGUUUGCCUAAAAGAUGACUCUCUUCAAGUUUGUUGUAGAGGGUAGUUACAAGAACAAAGGGUUCAAGCCAAAGCGCCUGAUCGGCUUCUCAAAGGACACCGGACUUUGGCAACGUCAAGUGGGGCACGACGAGCCUAUCUGAAGGCCUAUGUGCUCAACUGCUUCAACGGCCACCCACACCUAUGUACUAUGAGGGUAGUUACAACAUAAAUAAAAUCUUUUCUUACAAAGACUUUUCGUUAAUUGUGCGUCUACAGCAUGUCAAUACCUAGUAGAACCUCAUGUUCAACUUCUCUACACCUUCACAUUAUAUAUUUUAGCAUGGCUUAGAAUACUAACAAUCUAUCCUAUCACUUCAUAUUUUGUUAAUAGAUUAAAAUUAUUGACAAUAUUUUGUGAACUGAACUUUCUCGGUGGUGCUCACCAUCAUUUUAAAUUAUAUUUUUAGGAUCAUAUUGGGUAUACAAAGAAUAUCCUCCCAGUUAUAACGAAACGGAUGGACCAUUAUAUUGUCAGAAAACGGCCUACUUAUUUGCUUUUGUUUAUAUUACAAUAGUAUUAUCGGGAAUACUUUUAGCUUUGAUUGGAGCUUUGAUCUGUUGUGCUUGCUGUUUAUAUUGUCUCAGUAAAUAUGCAGAUUGCGAUGUUGAAUCACAAGCAGGAGAAAACGAAGACUUGAAAAAAGGAAGAGAAGAGUGACGGUA